AUGGCUUCAGAAGCGCACCAGAAUCAAGAGCAGCAUGCUGCCAACAUAGACGCGACGCACCGUGAAGCUUACGAGUACUGGGGCUACCUAUUCAAACCAGACAAAUGCGGCACACCACUCUUAGACCGCCUGCUCAAGGGGAUUGCAGACCUGAUUAGCCGCAAGUUCGAACCCAGCGAAUCGCCAGACCUCACCCCGUCGCAAAUCGCAGCCUGGUAUCGCGACAUAGGCGGCAACUACGACGUCCUCUUCAAAGACACGCCGCCGUCUUCGAUCGCAUUCAUCUAUCGCUCUCUCGGCGCAUUCCACAGCCUGCAACCCGCCCCGACUGACGACGGCUAUUCUGCUCCAAGCAUACCUGCGCUCAAGAAGCAGGGUUUCGUGACAUGGCAGACGAUACAACUGCUAUUGGGCCCAGAAGAGCAUGUGCCCUUCUUGCAGCGGGCGGUGGAAAAGUACGACGUGGUGGAUCCAGCAUCGGGCGGCCUCUUCCCCAAAGUGCUGCCCAAAGAGUGCUUUCCAGACAAGCCAGACGACGCAAUGGAGACUUGGUACGAAGGUGUUGCUACCAGACUCAAGAGAGAAGCAGAAGAAGAGGCGGCCAGGGCACACAUAGCUGCUGAAGCAGGCCCGCGAAUCUCGACCGACGGAGAUGGUUCUUCUGCUGACGAGCGCAAUGGCGCUUUCAAGUACUUCGAAGACCCCAUGUACCGCAAAGCUCGACCUCGACCGGGCUUCAUGCGCCAUGUAUCCAAACAAGACGCAAUCUACCCCAUCGGCGCCGAGGCAGUCACGUCCAGAUUCACACGCGCAGUAUCCGGGAAGUCGGUCGUCUUCCAAAGCAACAUCCCCGCAACCAGUAUAUGGGCCAACAAAGUCGCCUUUGUUUGCGACUCAAGUGGCGCAAAUGGAGGCGCGGAAUCAUUAUGA